GGGUAAGCACUCGAGUAAAUGGAAGGGCUAGCGGGGAGGGCAUUCUGGGAGGAACGUACGGCCGGGUUUUGUAGCAAGGGAGGGUGCCGAUGGGCUGCCAAUGGGGUGCCAACCCAUCUCUGCCUUCUCCAGCGUCGGCGACUGGCCCGCUUUGCCACCCUUUGCCUCCUCCUGUGCCCGCUUAUCCUCGCAACCUGUCCCGGGUCCUGCCCCCCGGUAUCCAGGGUCCCUCAACUGCUGUGCUGCUCUCCGAUGGCUUCUCGUUUUGGCCUAGCGUCUCUCUCGCUGUCUCGUCCCACUCCUCUGGGUCCCUCUCCUGCCCUCUUUCCGGCCUUCUCUCCCUCCCCUCUCCUCAAUCUAUUCUCCCUCCCAGAACGCGCCUUCUUCCGGCUACCUAGGGCCCUCCCAAGCCCUCUCUCACGCCAGAAAUACGCCAUCCGCUCUCCUGGUCCACAAUAUUCCCCCUUCUCUGCGCACUUCAAUCUCUCCACCCGUCUGUCCAAUCCUCCUUCCAGAAUCCUUUCCUGUACACCCAUAUUUCAUCACACACACCGCUCAAGUCUACCUGUCUUCGACCCUCGCCAUCCACCGCCCACCAACUUGCUUAUCUUGCUUCUUUGCUUUGCCACCCCAUCUCCUUCUCUCGCCCUGUCGCAACCAACUCCUCCCCGUCAUACGUCGUCCCCUGCCUCUUGUCAUCUUAUCUUUCCACCCUCUUCCGAACACGUUCGCCGUCCCUCUUCCUCUCUUCUUCCCUGUCACUUUCAAUCGGCACCGUAG